AUGGUGCGUCCUAGGGGUUUAUCGAGCGCCUCUUCGGUCUCCUCGGUUCCUGACCAAGAUCAGGAACUGGGGAGCAUGUAUGAUUACCUAGCCAAAGUCAUUCUGCUAGGACCUAGUGGCGCGGGGAAAUCGUGCGUGCUACACCGAUUCGUCAAGAAUGAAUGGCGCAUCCUAUCCUCACAAACUAUCGGGGUUGAAUUUUCAUCCCGAAUAGUUAAGUUGGGCACCGGCUCAAGCAGAAAACGCAUCAAGCUGCAACUCUGGGACACAGCAGGCACGGAGCGAUUCCGAUCGGUAUCACGAUCUUACUACCGCGGCGCAGCGGGCGCAAUCCUAAUUUACGAUGUCGCCUCAGACGCCUCCUUCGCCUCCCUCCCAACCUUCCUAAUGGAUGCGCGAGCCUUAGCCUCUCCGAACCUGACUGUGCUGUUAGCUGGAAACAAAGCCGAUCUGGCCGAUGGCAACUCCGAGCCGUCCGACGAAGCCUCGCGACCUCCACCAACCCCGUCAAGCACCUCGAGUAAACAAUCCUCAUUUCCAUUGGACGGGACUAGCUCGAUGCGCUCGACAAAUUAUCUUGGUACAGGGACUCGUCUGACAGCGACGUUUGGCGAGGGUCGGGAGGUGAAUCGGGAGGACACGUCUCGUUGGGCAGCACAAUCGAAUAUUCCCGUGGCGGUUGAGGUGUCUGCUUUGACGGGUGAAGGUGUGGAAGAGGUUUUCCAUCGACUUGCACGGAUUAUUCUGACUAAGAUUGAACUGGGGGAAAUUGAUCCCGACGAUCCACAAAGUGGGAUUCAAUACGGGGAUGGGGGAAUGUACGGCCACGGGACUAGCGAUGCCUCUAGUAUUCGAAGCAAAGCGACUUUAGAUGAGAAUGGUGUACAUCUUCAUCGGCCGCGUCGCCGGACUAGAGGGGCUAGCUCUGUGGGCUGGAAGAGUGGGAUGAGAGAAUGGGAAGAUGUGUUUCGACUGGGUGGUUCUCAGUCACGGACAAAGCGAGGGUGUUGUUGA